AUGAGCGACCAGACAACACAAGCUCGGAUCCCAAUCACAAUCAUCACCGGCUUCGCAGGGUCCGGCAAGACAACACUGAUCUUGAACCUCAUACCACAAUUACGAGCACAAACCCCCGGCUACAACCUGGCCCUCAUCAAAAACGAAAUCGGCGACGUAGCAGUAGACACCCAACUCGCCGCAGCCACAGAACUCACAGGAUCCAAGGAACUCCUGGGAGACUGUAUUUGCUGUACCAAUGUUGGGCAGAUAGGUCAGGCACUGGACGAAUUUUAUGACCGUGAGGCUCGACCAGACAGGAUCAUCAUCGAGACAUCGGGCUCUGCGGAGCCACUAAAAUUGGUGUUGGAGAUCAAUAGAUUAGCGAAGGAGAGCGGGAGGUGGGAAUUGGAUGGAAUUGUCAGCGUAAUCGACGCAGAGAACUGGGGCGGAUACGCCAGCACAUCUUUCACGGCGAGAUUACAAGCGAAGCAAACGGACCUGAUCGUCAUAAACAAAUGGGAAUCUCUCUCCGAGCGAGAUUUCGAUUUAUUCCUCGACAAGCUAGGGGAUCUGGAUGUUGAUACGCCGCAGGUCAAGAGUGACAAUGGGUGGAUCAGCAAGGAUUUGUUAUUUGGAUUUGAUGGGAAGAUGGCGAGGGCGUGGAUGACCGAGCAGGCAGGGCAUAGUCAUGGUCAUGAAGAGGAGGGACAUAAGCAUACCAGUGAAGUGGAGUGUUUGUCCAUCACAUUAAGCGGGAAGGAUGGCGAGGGAAGUGUGGAUUUGAGGAAAUUGGAGCAGAUGUUGAGGUCGGCGCCGAAGGAUGAGGUGUAUCGAAUCAAGGCUGUGUUGUACAGCUCGUUGACACCGAAGAAUGCGGAUGAAUCGGAGGUGUCUGGAUCGACGCCAGGACAGCGUUCGCGGUAUAUCUUGAACUGGUCUUUCGGCAGAUGGACUUGGUCAGCCAGCAGUGAAUCGAAAGAUGCUCUGGCUGCGCCGGCACUGCGGAUGUCGAUCUUCACAGCACCGUAUGAGAGCAAUAAGUGGACUAAGAAGGCUGAGGGUUCAGAAUUUGUUGUACUGGAGGGUGCAGUCAAAGGAGAGCUUGAGGUGAAACGAGUGCAAUAA